AUGUUUGGGACUUCUUGUCUUGAAACGCAAUGCAGAGAGGCCAAGGGUAAUAUGGGAACUUAUCGAUGGAUGGCUCCAGAGAUGAUCAAGGAGAAGCCUUACACUAGAAAAGUAGAUGUUUACAGCUUUGGCAUCGUUAUAUGGGAACUCACCACUGCCUUGCUUCCGUUCCAAGGGAUGACUCCCGUGCAAGCCGCGUUUGCAGUUGCUGAAAAGAACGAGAGACCGCCAUUACCGGCUAGCUGUCAGCCAGCGCUAGCUCACCUUAUCAAAAGGUGCUGGUCGGAGAACCCUUCGAAGCGACCGGACUUCUCAAACAUUGUGGCGGUGCUAGAUAAGUACGAGGAAUGUGUCAAAGAAGGACUGCCUUUAACGUCACACGCAAGCCUCACGAAGACCAAAAACGCGAUUCUUGAUCGCCUUAAAGGCUGCGUCUCAGCCAGCCACAAUCUUCGUUUUCCUCUGUUCCUGUAA